AUGGUGUCUCCCAUCCUCCAAGCCGCCCUGUUAUGCGGUACGACGUGGAUCCUGUGGAAGGUGUUCCGUGGAUUCUUGCUCAAAAACGACCUCGACAACUUGCCUGGCCCGACGUCGCCCUCCUUCAUCUACGGUAACAUCAGGCAACUGUUCAACAGACAGAGCUUCAAGUUUCACCGCAGCCUGGGCGAGACGUACGGCUCAGUUGUCCGUCUGCACGGCCGGUUCGGGAGCAACAUGUUGUACACGUUCGACCCGAAGGCCAUGCAUCACAUCGUCAUCAAGGACCAGGAUAUCUUCGAGGAGCCGACUUGGUUCACCAGGCUGGCCACUCAUGUUCUCGGCGUCGGUCUAUUCGCAACUCUUGGCGAUCAUCACCGUCAGCAGCGCAAGAUGCUUAAUCCCGUCUUCUCCAUCAAACAUAUGCGUGACAUGACUCCUCUUUUCUACGAGAUCUCGCACAAGCUCCGCACUGCGCUCCAGUCGCGCGUGCGCGACGCCCGCCCCACCGAAAUUGACAUGCUUGACGCUGCCGACGAGUACGGCACCGCGCUCAAGAACCUGGUGCCGACUAUCGCGCGGGCUCGCGGACUGCAACAGUUCAUCCCCGUCUUCGAGGCGAUUGUACCUGCGGGCUGGCGGCGCACUGUCGCGGAGCUCAUCCCCGUUGCCGCGCUGAAGGAGAUCAUCCGUAUCACAGACACGCUCCGUAUCCGGUCCACGGAAAUAUUCAAGGCGAAGAAAGCCGCGCUGCUUGCGGGCGACGAGGCACUCAAGCAACAGGUCGGGGAGGGGCGCGAUCUGAUCAGUAUUCUGUUGAAGGCGAAUAUGGCGGUGUCGGAGGAGGAUCGAAUGCCGGAGGACGAGCUCAUCGGCCAGAUGUCCACGCUCACGUUCGCGGCUAUGGAUACGACCUCGAACGCGCUCUCCCUGACCCUAUGGCGGCUCGCCCAGAACCCUGAGGUGCAGGCCAAACUGCGGCAAGAAAUAUUCGACGCACAGGAAUCCCACGGCAGCGCCGACAUCGGAUACGACGACCUGGUUGCCUUGCCAUACAUGGACGCCGUGUGCCGUGAGACCCUGAGGAUCCACGUUCCCGCCCCGUUCGGCUUCCGCGAGGUACGCAAGGACGUCGUGCUGCCGCUUUCGGAGCCCGUGCGCGGCAAGGACGGCCGAAUGAUGCACGAACUCCUGGUCCCGAAGGACACCUCCGUCUUCGUCGGCAUCAACGCGUCAAACACGAACCCCGCGCUCUGGGGCGAGGACGCGUACAAGUGGAAGCCCGAGCGCUGGCUCCAGGCGCUCCCGGAUGCGGUCCUCGACGCGAAGAUCCCUGGGGUGUAUGCGAACCUGAUGACGUUCUGGGGCGGCGGCCGCGCGUGCAUUGGCUUCAAGUUCUCGCAGCUCGAGAUGAAGGUCGUCCUCGCGGUGCUCAUCUCGACGUUCACCUUCGAGCUCACAGACAAACCCGUCUGGUGGAACAUGGCCGGCGUGCAGUACCCUUCGGCGGACGCCGAUGGCGAGCACCCGGGGCUUCCUAUGAAGGUCAGACUGGUCAAACGCGAGGCUUAG